AUGGCAGCCGAUUCUAAAAUUCCGCUCGAGAAGGGGCGCCACAUCAAGUACUGGCAGCGCUGCCACAAGACUUUCCUCCCGCACCAGUACACGAGCCAUGACAGCACGCGCAUGGCUCUGACCUUCUUCAUCCUUGCCGCCCUCGAUAUCCUCUCGCCCUCCGAUUCCCCCGCAGAACACCUCCUCACCGCCGCCGACAGAGCCAAUGCGCGCAGGUUCGUCCUAGGGCUCCAACACCCCGACGGCGGCUUCUGCGGCUCACCGAACCACGCCCUGCCGACGGAGCUGUACGCUGGGUGGGAUUUUGAGAAGAAUGCCCCGAAAGCGCGCCAUUCGAGCUCUGCCAAUGUUGCAGCGACGUAUUUUUCACUCUUGGUCUUGGCUAUAGUCGCCGACGGUCCCGAAGGAGCCAAGACUGCGUUUGUGGGAGUCGACAGGGUCAAGACGCUGCGGUGGUUGAAGCGUUUACAGCGGUCUGAUGGCAGCUUCGGGGAGCUCGUGCUGGACGAUGGGCAGAUCCAGGGCGGUACAGACAUGCGGCUUUGCUACCUUGCUGCCAUGAUACGGUGGACUCUGAGGGGAGAUAUGAAAGAAGGAGAUGAGGACUGGGUGGAGGACAUUGACGUCGAGGCGUUGAUUGGACAUAUCCGCCGCGGCCAGACGUACGACGGUGGACUCGCAGGGAGCUCACAGCACGAGUCCCAUGACUCGGAUCUUGCAGCUGGUUACGCUUACUGCGCCGUAAGCGCGCUCUAUCUUCUCGACCGACCGAACGAGCAGGGAACGACCCCGCAUCGCAGCGCGACUAUCGAGAAAGGCCUCGUCAACGUGCCGCUACUUGUAAAAUUCCUGGCCUAUCGCCAGUUCCAGUACCUCGAGCCGGACGAGGACUCGGAUGACCCCGACACGGCCAACUUUGCCUUGCCAGAGACGCUAGACCAGCUCUCACUGGACGACAACUCCCGCCUUGUUGGCUUCAAUGGGAGAUGUAACAAGGUUGCGGAUACGUGCUACUGCUGGUGGGUGGGAGGGACGUUGCAGAUGUUGGGCCAAGUCGACCUCAUUGACGAGGAGCCCUCGCGUCGUUUUCUCAUGAGCAAAACGCAGCACCUCAUUGGCGGAUUUUCCAAGUACCCCGGUGGCCCGCCUGAUAUUUACCACGCAUAUCUCGGCCUCGCUGCGCUAGCGACCAUGGGCGACUCUGCUCUGAAACCAUUCGAUUCCUCUCUCUGUGUGACCCAAGAAACCAUCAGCAAGAUUGAGAUUGCAAGAAAGGCCUUGGAGGCGUCUGCCAGAACAAUAAAGGAGUAG